AUGUCUGAGCCCCUCUCAACUGCAAGUAGUGUGUUCGGCGUGGUCUCGUUGGGCUUGACCGUCUGUCAAGGCUUAGUAUCCUACCUUUCAGACUUCAAGGGUCAGGCCCAAUAUGUGGAUAGCCUUACCCAAAAAGUUGAAAACCUCCAAAAUUGCCUCACAUUGUUGGAACAAGGGCUACCGUUAUGGAAGGUGCGGUUUCCCUACACGGCGCCUCAAAUCCAACAGCACAUCAUAGCCUGUGAUCCUAGCCUCAAGGUUUUGAAAACAAAGCUUUCUGGCUUCAAACAGAAGCAAGGGCCUUCAUUGCGCAGAGACAAGCUGCACGAUUUCGCACAGAAGGCAGCCUUUCCAUUCAGAAAGCCCGCUAUCGCUGAAUUAUCUGGCAUCAUUGAUGGGCUGCAGCAGAACCUAAACACCGUCCUCUUGAUCGUCGGUUUGGAACGAUCCUCAACCCAUGUGACGUCUCAGAAUGUGACAAACACAAAGAUUGACGCCAUCUUGUCAGCUUCAGGUAUCAUGACUGCCUGGACCCAAGACGCUAGUCACGACCUUUCAGUUUUGCGGGCUGAAAUUUCCGCAUUCCGGAACGAUCUCGAGGCAUUGAAAGCCGUUCCUGGCCCAAGCGGGCAUACAGUCAUCCAGCAGUUAGACGGCCCAACUCCGCCUCCGAGACUCCAGACGCUACAGCCCCAGGGGCAGGUCCAAUUUCAGCACCUUCCAGACCCGAAUUCUCUUCCCGAAACUUCCCAUCAAGUCUUGCAAAGACGUCCGACUCCUUCAACCGUGAGCACAUUGAAAUGGUCCUGGUUUUCAAUCUGCCUAUGCCCAAAACCAAAUCCGCGCCGGCCGCCGAGGACAAACACACUGGUCCUUUCCUAUCUCCAAACCAAGGAGCAUGAAGAGGAUUGUCCCUACUACCUGCCAAUGACCAAGAAAAGGAGUCUAGCCAUAUGGAUAUCCUAUCGUUCUGUGCUGAUCUCUCGUGGUAUCCGAUGCAUGGCGUCCUUGGUCACUGGGUCAGCGGGAAACUCAAUCAGUGCAACUAUUGACUGGAGUCCAAUUGUUUCCUCUAAGAUUUCUAGCGCAAUCCAACUACUAAUUAAGUUGAAAGACAUACAUGGCCACCGGGGAAACUGGGAGGAUCUUCUGGAUAAAGCCCGUACUGAACUGACGGGCCUCUUCGCACAGAGAAAAGCACAUCCGAGAGAGGUCGAUGAAGAUGGACGUAGUCUCCUCUACGUGAGUGUAUUCAUGGCCAAGGUGAUCAAUCUUUGCUAA